AUGAAUCAUUUAUGUGAUAUAAGUGAUGAAGAGUUUGUUCCUUUUCUUCAUGGCUUAGGUGUAGAAACUUACAAGAAGUCUUUCGAAUGGAUGUUACAUGAUCCAAAUUUUGCCGAAGUAUUAAAGUGGUUGUAUAUGAAUUUGGAUCACAAUAAUGCUUUAAGUGCCCGAGAAGAAUGUCGUUAUAUAGAAUUAGAGAAAAGGAAAUGUCUCUUAACAUCUGAUGAAUUAGAAGCAUCUAUAUCAUCUAUUCAAGAACAAUUUGGAGGCCUUUGUCUACCAGGAGAUCAGGAUUCAAUAGAAGAUGUGAAAAUGGACAUUAUUAUGCUAAAGGAACAAUUGGCUAUGUUGGAAAGGCAUGAAGCAAUAGUUAAUGAUUUAACCAAACAAAAUCAAGUAAUAAAAGAAGAACUUGAUGUUGAGUUAAUGAAACUAAGCGCAUCACAGCGACAACUUGCAGAGGAAGAAACCAGUACUGGAGAGCAGUGCCUCGCUCUAGCAGAGGAAGUGGAUGGCAUUGUGGAUAAUGUUAUUGACGUUGUUGCUGAUUCACUAAACUUGUGUGGGAAUAGCUAUACUGAUAAGGAAAUUGCUAGCAAGUUCUUCACAUUUGGUCCCUUUGAGGCAUACAGGCAGUCUCAGGCUCUAUUCUUGUCUCACUUUGACCUAUACGUCUCUAAAAGAUUUAGCAACAAACAGAAUGACAAAAUAACGGACCAAGACAUACGAACGGCGUUGACCGAAGCUAAGAAUAUGGAGGAAAGAUUGUCAGAUGCGGUGUGCGCAUACAUCUCGACGAAAGCGGAAUUAUGCGGCGAGCAGGCAAAACUAGUCCUUGUUGCUAACUACAAUAAUGUACACCCUAGUCAAAUAACUGUAUGUUCAAUGGAAGCUCAAAGUGCAGUGGAAAUCUUAGACCAGGAAGAAAGUAUUUUGGACCAACAGCUACAGGAUGCAGUGAGGCAUUUUGUAUCUUCGCGUACCAACCUCGCGGUGGAAACUGCAGCGCGGGCGGCGCUAAAUAUUAGAGAAAAGGUCCAUAACGAUUUGGCAUUCUUGCUAGAGACAACACAUCAAGCCUUGGCACUUGAUAAACUUCUAUAUUGUGCUUUGAGGAACGAACUUCGAUCCAUUGAGGAACUACUUCACUUUGCGUCACAUCUACGCCAAUAUGUGAUGAGUGAAAAUGAAGCUGUAUGCAGUAGAAUUGAGUCAAUGAAUGAGAUCUGUGCUGAGCAAGCUUUAGCGGAACAGAAACUGCAAACAUCAGACGUAUUACAGAAUACUUUGUAUUCAAUAUUCGGUGUAGAGUCAAGUGAUGAUGCUACAUUGCUUGUAAGGCUUCAAUCUGAAUUGCAGAACAGGAUUCGAGAACUAAACGACAAUGUGGCUGACGGUUUAAAUAAGAAAGAGAUGGCUUUAGUUACAUAUAAACAAUCGAGCAAACCUCUGAAAGAUUAUAUUUGGGAUGGCUGCACCAAACAACCAAAUUGCUAUGACAGAACUUUGGCCUCUAUGAUGCACACACUCAGACAAGAGAUGGAAAAGGUGGAUAGGAAGGUGUUGGAUGCAAGCGGACAGUUUACAUCUGUCAAGAAUGGCGAUAAGAAGAAUCUUAGAAAAAUCUGGCAAUGGUUCCUGACAGAUCAGGCAAAGUUAUUGUCGGUUAUGAAGUCUGUGCAGUCGAGAAACUAUAUGUGA